GGCAAAAGAUCACAGUUCCAAUUCAUGUAUCAUCGGAAUAUAACCUCAAAAUUGUAUUAUGGGGAACUUUGUUACCUGUGAUAACAAUUGUUGCUAUUGAACAAACUAUUUUGGGACCAAGACGCAAGAAGAAAGCAGCUGAGUAUGAAUCAACAACAUUUACACUCAUUUUUAAUGCCGAGGAUGCAAUACGACUUCUGCAACCUUCCGUAGAACGUAAGAUAGAAGCUGAAAUGACUAAGAAUAAUGGUCUUAUCAUCUUAGAGGCUUGGUACGGCAAUUUUUCACACAUAAAAGAAGCUUCGACAGAAAAUCAUUAUGACGACGUUUUUGACGUCAAAAUACCAAUUCAGGCACUGGUAUUUGAAUCUCAAUUAAUUAUUCCUGGAGGCCGUUCUAAGGUAAACCUUUUAUUAAUUAAAUGGUAA